AUGUCUCACAGGAGGGUGACAGCGAAGGCCUUGAAGGAGCCUGGCACCAUUUUGGCUCCGAAUGGUAGCAGACGCAGAGGCUGCAAAUCGAAGGUCCCGGCACAUACAUCCGUCCAUGAGGAGAGUCGUACUUCGGAACGUAAUCGGAACAUAUUGUACCUUAUAUGUGAUUAUUUGGGACGCAAUGGAUAUGUAGACAUUAGCGAUGUAUUAAUCCGGGAAGCUCGUCUACCUCGGAAAUAUCGAGUCUGCGACAACGUCGAUUUGGAAAUUAUUCUUACAGAAUAUGAAAAUUAUUACAAGAUGAAAUUCCAAAAAUAUCCUAUAUUGUGCAAGAAAAUAACUGAAAAGGAAAUAAAGACGAGGGAAAUGACAAAUGCGAACAAAGUCAAAGAAACGAGAAGUGAGUCUGUGAAAGGGAGGAAUGUACAACAGAAGAUGACGGGUGACGCUACGGAUGAUAUUAAUCUCGCAAUGACAGUGACACCAAUUUUCGCCAAUGAAAGCGAUGGAGCUUCAUCAGAAGAGCUAUUUAACGUCUCAAUGGAACAAUCCACGCAAUCAAAGAUAUCGAAACGGGCUCGGAAGCUUUAUAUAGACAAUCCGGAAUUGCGGAAGAUUGCUGAAGACAUUUCAUGCGAAAUCAUACUGACAAAAUUAAAUGUAUAUUGGGACAACAUUGUAGGCCUAGAGGAAUGUAAAUCUGCUAUUAAGGAGGCCAUUGUGUAUCUCCUCAAGUACCUUAUCUUUUUUAAAGGCCCAUUUUCUCCCUGGAAAGGUAUUCUGCUAUACGGACCACCUGGUACAGGGAAGACGAUGUUGGCGAAGGCAGUCGCAACAGAAUGCCAAUGCACCUUUUUUAACAUAACGGCCAGCUCAUUGGUGAGCAAAUGGAGAGGCGAUUCCGAGAAGUAUAUCCGUGUUUUAUUUGAACUUGCCUAUAAUUAUUCGCCUACAAUUAUUUUUAUCGACGAGAUUGACUGGAUAGGCACAAAUAAAGGAGUAAACUGUACAUUGUCUGAACCUGCAAAGAGAUUCAGAUCAGAACUUCUUUCUAGAUUGGAUGGAUUAGUAUCUAACGAAAAUUCUAAUGUAGUUCUUUUGGCUGCAACUAAUUGCCCUUGGGACAUUGAUGCAGCUUUACAGAGACGCCUCGAAAAGAAAAUAUACGUAUCAUUACCAAAUGAAGUUACUCGACUCGAUAUGUUCAAAUUAUACCUUAGCAACCAGUUAUUAGAGAAUAUGGAUAUUGUAAACCACAUAAUAAAAUCUACUGAAAAAUAUUCUUGCGCGGAUAUAAAAUUGCUUUGUAAGCAAGCAUGGCUGCUAGAAAUAAGUCCAAUGUGGGAAAAACUUGAAAAAAAAGAAACAUCUGUUACGACUUUGAAAUAUGAAUUAAAGAAUUAUGAAAUAAUAGCAAAAUUGUUAAAAACAAUGUCACCUACAGUCACGGAUGUGGAUAGAUAUAAAGCGUGGAAUAAAUAUGUAUGCCAUAAGAACAUAUUUUAAAAAAUAUAAAUGGUUAUCAUAAUAUAUAUCAUUAAUAUAAUUAUCGUUCGAAAAAUUGUUCGUGUGCGUGCAUGUAUGUGUGGGCACGCGCUAUAAACAAGUUUGAAAUGUUCGUUCUACAUAUAUGUAUACGUGGUAUACAUAUUCCCUUAUAAUAUAUAAUAUGUGUAAUCUGAGUGGUAAUAUAUCCACGUAUUACAUA